AGGUUAUUGUUUUGCAUUGGUGCGUUUCCUCGCGGUGCUGCUCGUGUUCGUCCGCAAAAUAGCUUUUCCAAUCGACUAAAACAUGGGAAAAUCGAAAGCAAAUCGUAUAAAGAAAAUCGCCGGGCCGAAAAUCUUUCUAGAGGAGCAAACGAACGAGGGCCGAGUGUCGAAGAAGUCGAAACAGCCCAAAAUCCGUUUGCGGGCAGAAGAAACCGACUAUGUGGAUUCGAAGUCGUCUAAGAAAAUUCUGCGCCAAGCGCGUAAACAACAGGCCGAGGUGAACUUUCUCGACAACUCGUUUGGUCCAUCGUUGGCAGAAUCGGCUACCGCCGCCAGAAAACGACACCGGUUGGAUGACAGACAAUCGUCCGACGACGAGUCGGACCUGGAGGAUCGUAACGAGCCCGAUAUUAAUGGAGAAAAUUUGUACGAUGAUCUUAAAAUCAGCGAGGAAGAUGAACGUGCGCUGCAAAUGUUUCAGCACAAAGAUGGGCCCAAAACGCGUACGCUGGCCGACAUUAUUUUGGAGAAAAUGACCGAGAAGCAGACCGAAAUUCAAACACAGUUCUCCGACAAUGAGUCGCUCAAGCUGGACAAUAUCGAUCCGAACGUGCGCGAGAUGUACAAAGGCGUGCGGGAUGUGUUGAAACGCUACCGCAAUGGUAAGGUGCCGAAAGCGUUCAAGCUCAUUCCCAAGCUGCGCAACUGGGAACAGUUCCUGUACAUCACGGAGCCCCAGUCCUGGAGUGCGGCUGCGAUGUUCCAGGCAACGCGUCUGUUCUCUUCCGGCCUUACCCAGCACAUGGCCCAGCGCUUCUACAAUCUCGUGCUGUUGCCCCGCGUUCGCGAUGAUUUGGCCGAAUAUGGUCGGCUGAAUUUCUAUCUGUACCGAUCGCUGAAGAAGGCACUGUUCAAACCGGCCGCCUUCAUGAAGGGCAUCGUGUUGCCACUGCUCGAGGCGGGCGAUUGUACUCUGCGCGAGGCAAUCAUCAUCGGAAGUGUGGUCAGCUGUACGUCCAUCCCGGUGCUACAUACAGCCGCUUGUUUGCUGAAAAUCUGCGAAAUGGAGUACUCGGGCGCCUGUUCCGUGUUUAUACGCAUCAUUUUGGAUAAGCGGUACGCGUUACCGUACCGUGUAAUCGAUGCGGCCGUGUUCCACUUCCUGAAGUUUGAACAGGAUAAACGGGAAAUGCCAACGCUUUGGCAUAACUCUUUACUUACGUUUGCUCAGCGGUACAAAAACGACAUUUCCUCCGAGCAGCGCGAUGCACUGCUGCAUUUGUUGAAGAAACAAACGCAUCCAAAAAUUACGCCCGAAAUUCGCCGCGAACUACAGGCUGCCCGGUGCCGAGAUGUAGAAGUAGGUCAAAGCUUAGCCCUGGAGGGUGAAGUGGAAUUCCAGGAGGAUAACGACUACACACCGAUGGAAGACGAUGAAGAGGCACAUGGAUCACAACAGCGGAUGGUGAAAUUUGCCAGCGGGCAACAGAACGAAGAAGAAUCGAUGGAAAGCGACGACGAUGAUGAUGCGGAUGAAGAUGAUGAUGAUGAUGAUGAUGAAGAGUUGUAGUAUCGGCAUGUUUUCAUACUGAAGGCAAAACGUCUUCUGUAAUAAACUCUAUAUAAAUGUAAUUAUUAAAGCAAAA